AGUUCUCAAAGGGCAAAUACUAACAAAAGAACUUAUAAACAGAAAGCAAACACAAACAAACGAGAAAAGAAGUUUAGGUUACACUUGAUCUUUGAACCGCAUAUAUGAACUUACAGAUCUUUGUAUAAUAUUGUCAACUCUUGUAGUCCAGAAAUGGCUCUUUAGUUUCUAUUUACUCGAAAUGUAAAUUUCUUCACCACCGAUGUCAUUUGCAUUAGUAUAAAUAAUAAUAUAUAUUUCAUCGGACUACAACUCAGUACAGUACUCACUAAAGCCAUUUUAGUGUGUAUGUCCAUUUUAGUGUGUAUGUAGUUUUACGCACAGCUGUUUGUGAAUUGGUGAUUUCCUCGAGUGAAAUGGUUAUGUUCUUGCCUAUAAAACAAGACUGUGUGCUGGCUACGUGAGACUAGUGCUGAUGUGUAUGACUGCGUGCGUGAGCAACUUCCCUAAGGCUUUUCAUCAAUUAUCCCUCAUACAUGCCUACAUUUGAUCAUCAAGACACAUGUGUAACUUGGAUCUUCACUUCAAUCAAGGCGCCAGGUUAUGGAAGAGGCGACACCGUCAGAUUAGUGUUAGGAUCACUUCUGUAUUCAGACCAAGUACUCGAUUUUGUGAGUGCAAAUGAUUUGAACAGCAAUCCUAAGAGUUUAUCUUGACGUCAAAGAAACUAUAUAGCAGACAAAUUUGUUAUUGUAGAUGCAGUGACACUAUUGACACAUUUGGUAGUUGGUGAGUCUGUGCCAGGCAUCAGCACUAAUCUCUCAAUUACUAAGAUGCUCGACACUAACUGUUGUUGUUAGGUGUGUGCUUGACAAGUAGUCGAGUUGCUCUAUUUAUUCAGUUAGAGACUUGUAGUGUUUGCUUUUAUCCUGAGACGGUCUGACAUGUGCGACGAGCAACUUCCUGCUGUGGUGUUUGACAACGGUACAGGCACAAUCAAAGCUGGAUGCGCCGGCGACGCCCGUCCCCGUGCUGAGUUUCUCUCUGUUGUCGGUCGUCCUUGCCAAGAGUCUCAAAACCGUGCAGAAUGGGUGCGAUCAAAAGAUACAUUCAUUGGAGAAGAGGCGCUAAGCAUCACUGAUCAAAUUCUCGUUAUCAAUCACCCCAUAGAACGUGCAGUUGUGACCAAUUGGGAUAGCCUGAUGAAAAUUUGGGAACACACAUUCUAUGAAGAGCUACGUGUUAGACCAGAAGACCAUCCCAUUCUUGUCACGGAGCCUCCUCGAAAUCCGAAAAGAAAUCGCGAGAAGAUGGCAGAGAUAAUCUUUCAAACAUACAGCAGUCCUUCCUUGUAUAUUGCCAUUCAGGCGGUGCUCUCUCUUUAUGCGUCCGGGCUCACAACCGGACUCGUUCUCGAUUGCGGAGAUGGCGCGUCUGAUGUGGUACCAAUCUUUUCCGGUCACGCUAUUCAUCACGCCAUCUUUCGUCUGGAUGUGGCAGGCGGGGAUGUGACCGACUACCUGAUGAAGAUCCUGAACGAACAAGGGUUUGGGCAAUUCAGGACGGCGAGCGACAGAGAGAUAGUGAGAGAGAUCAAAGAGAAUCUGGCUUACGUCCCUAUUCAUUUUAAAGAUGAGAUGAUUCGCGCCCGCUUCAGACCAGAGGUAGUGGAGCAAAAAUAUAAGCUACCUGAUGGCCAGGAAAUCUUGAUGGGUACCCAGCGUUUUCGUUGCACUGAGCCUCUAUUUCUGCCAUCGGUGUUAGGAGUGGGAUCACCUGGGCUACCGGAGGCUGCAUACAAAGCCGUCACAAAGUGUGAUUUAGAUACUAGGAAAGAACUCUUUUCAAAUGUCGUUGUUUGUGGUGGAACCACAAAUUUACGGGGUUUUAGUGACCGAGUGUAUCACGAGUUACGCAACUUGGCACCAGAGGAGAGGAUUAGGGUCUUGUCUCCUAUCAAACGAAAGUAUAUGGUCUGGUUGGGUGGCUCCAUUCUCGCUUCAUUGUCGUCAUUUAAUGGAAUGUGGAUCAGCAAGAGCCAAUAUGAAGAAGAAGGUCCGUGUGUUAUCUACAAGAAAUGCUUCUGAUAGUUUCAUCUCAUUUAUUAAUUGGUGAUUGGAGACGGUGUGAGGGGUAUACUUUAGAUUGGCGUACUAGUUGGUUUCAGCACUGCAUGAUAAUCAGCUUCAAGUUUGAUCAGAAAUUGGGAUGUACUUGGUUUAUACAUACAGCGUCACAUUUUUGCUGUAACUGCAUGUUGCAAAGAUCUAGAGUUGUUUCAGAAUUUUAGGCAUAUCUUGUAUCUGUUCUAAAACUCCAAGAGUACCAGAAGUACUGUGUACCAGUACUGUGUCUGGUGUAGCAAGACAGGCUCUACAAUCAUAUGCAUAAGUUUGUUUGCAGUACAAAAUUCUGUAAUUUAUGAUUUGUUUAUAUCUGAAACAGUUGACAUACGUAACUGCUGUCUAAUAAAGGGUUGCUGAAAUGUAGCCGAUUGA